AUGAAGUGCAAAGGAGCUUUCGUGUACGCUGUUUUGUUAGUCUGCGUGGUCGCCAUUAAUGGGAAUUAUCAGUUAUCGUUUACCGCUCCCUUUACAACGUAUGAUUCGUCAGGUCAUCGUUAUAUCGAAAAUUGGGAAUGCAGAGGAGAUGCGGUGAUCAAUGAGUAUUUCGUCCGUCUGACUCCCGAUCGCCAAAGUAAGAACGGAUACUGCUGGAGCAGAAAGACGUUUACGAAUGCCGAAUGGGUUACGACAAUUAAAUUCCGAAUUAGUGGACAAGGUGCCAAUCUCUUUGGUGACGGUUUUGCUGUCUUCUUCACCCAAACCCAGCGCCCUCGUCACGGAAAGAUGUUCGGAGUGGACGAUGUGUUCCAGGGAUUCGCAAUUGCCUUCUCCACUUUUAAGAACAAGGAAUUCGCUCGCUACCACCGCGAUAUCGCUCUCUACGUCGGCGACGGCAACACGGGAGCCUUCAUCCAAGACAAAGACCACACCGGCUGCUACGCCCGCUACCGCUUCCACGAGAAACGCCAAGACUUCUCCGUGGACAACUACGCGGUGGUGAAGAUCGGCUACUCGGAGAUCACCGGGAUGGUGCGCGUGGCGAUCGACGAGAAAAACACGGGGAACUACCACAUCUGCAUCCACGAGCAUAUCGAUUUACCCGCGGGUUGGUGGCGCAAAGCGACCAUCGGGAUCAGCGCCACGACCGGGCAGCUGGCGGACAACCACGACAUCCUGUCGGUGGAAACCGUGGAAGGCGAGGGGGACCCGGACCGGAUCGCGGUGUCGAAUCCGAGCGACCGGAUCGCGGCGUCGGACCGCAGGGCGCUGCGCGAGCUGCUGGAGGAGAACGGCGUGGAGAUGAGCCAGCUGACCGCGACGGAGCGCGGAGUCGUGGCGCUGAUGGAGCGGCUGCAGCAGACGCAGGAGUUGGAGGUGGACAAGCUGAAGCGAGAGGUAGAGCACACGCUGGUGGGUAGGUAUUUCCCGCGGGGAAUGAGGGGUAGCGGUGGAUGA